GUUUUUAGUUGACCUUCUGCUGUCACGUCCAACUCGGAAUUAAACUCACAAGUGAAACAUGUCAAGCAGCAACUACAAACCUGUGAGCCAUGUCAUCUUCGACAUGGAUGGAUUAUUAUUAGACACAGAGCGACUUUACACGGUGUCGUACCAGCAGAUAUGUGACCGGUUUGGAAAACAGUACACGUGGGAUGUGAAGGCAUCAGUGAUGGGUAAAAAGGCUCUGGAAGCUGCCCAAAUGAUUCGGGAUCGACUGGAGCUUCCCAUGACGGCUGAGGAACUGUUGGCCGAAAGCAGGAAGAUACAAGAAGAGAUCUUUCCCUCUGCAGAACUCAUGCCAGGUGUUAAGAAACUUGUGCAUCAUCUGCAGCAGCACAACAUCCCCAUUGCGGUGGCAACAAGCUCAGCCGGUGUGACGUUCCAGUUGAAGACGAGCCGACACAAAGACUUGUUUGCUAUUUUCGACCACAUUGUUCUGGGCGACGAUCCUGAGGUGAAGAAUGCCAAACCUCAGCCUGACUCCUUCCUGGUGUGUGCCAGCAGAUUCAACCCCCCUGCUUCUCCAGAGAAGUGCCUGGUGUUUGAAGACGCUCCCAACGGCGUGAAAGCGGCGCUGGCUGCCGGCAUGCAGGCGGUGAUGAUUCCUGACGACAACCUGGACCCUGGCCUUACCCAGGAGGCCACGCUGCGACUCAGGAGCAUGGAAGAAUUUGAGCCACAGCUUUUUGGGCUGCCGGCAUACGACUGAGCCAGACCGCGAAUCUGAAACCACACUACAAAAUUCCGCCUUUGUUCUUUGAGGGUGAUGAUGGAGAGAGGAAGUCCAGUUUUGUUUCCUGCCUGACUCAUAAUGUUAUGGGUGACUUUAUGUUGAGGCCAGUAAAUGAGAUUUAACUGUCAUCUCUCAGAUAAUAAAUGAUAUUAUUUCACAAA